CUUCACAGAUGUCGAUCAGUUGUAAAAUAGAUAACUCUCUGACGGCGUAAACAAACUAACCUCAUAAAAUUAAAUACGUUUCGAACGAUUCGAAACGAAAAAAUUUGUGUUAAAUUGGAAAAUCUUUCAAUCGUGAUAUAUAUUAAGGCUAUACUUCAAAUUAUAAAAUAUGGAUGCGGAUUUAUACGAUGAAUUCGGGAAUUAUAUUGGUCCUGAGUUAGACAGCGAAGAAGAGGAUGAAGAAACUGAGCAACCAGAGGAAGAUGAGGAACAGCAAGACUACGAUGAUGAACAAAUGGAUGAAUCAGAGCCACAAUCCAUGGCUGUGGUGCUUCACGAAGAUAAACAGUAUUAUCCUUCAGCAUUGGAAAUUUAUGGUCCGGAUGUCGAAACGAUAGUACAGGAAGAAGACACUCAGGCUCUAGAUGUGCCACUUGUAGAGCCCGUUAAGAAAAAGAAGUUUCAUUUGAAGGAACAGGAUGUGCCAGAAACCACCUAUAAUAUGGAGUUUCUCACCGAUGUUAUGGAUAAUACCUCACUCAUUCGUAAUGUUGCUCUUAUCGGUCAUCUUCAUCAUGGUAAGACAACUUUCGUAGACUGUCUUAUCAGACAGACGCAUCCUGGUUAUCAAGACAAUGAGGAAAAGAAUUUGAGAUAUACCGAUACUUUGUUCACGGAACAGGAAAGGGGAUGUUCGAUCAAAUCGACUCCGGUCACAUUAUUGCUGCAAGAUAUCAAGAAUAAGAGUUAUUUGAUGAAUAUAUUUGAUACGCCAGGGCAUGUGAAUUUUUCCGAUGAGGUUACCGCAGCCAUGAGGCUUUGCGAUGGUGUUGUCAUAUUUGUGGAUGCGGCUGAAGGUGUUAUGUUGAACACUGAAAGGUUAUUGAAGCAUGCCGUUCAAGAACAAAUGCAGAUAACAGUCUGUAUAAACAAAAUUGAUAGAUUGAUGCUAGAGUUGAAGUUACCGCCACAAGAUGCUUAUUACAAAUUGAGGCAUAUCAUUGAAGAAAUCAAUGGUUUAUUAACAUUGUACUCCGAUGACGCAAAUCCACACAUAGUGUCCCCAGUACUGGGGAAUGUAUGUUUCGCAAGUUCACAAUAUGGUAUCUGUUUCACUCUGAAAUCUUUCGCAAACUUGUAUCUGCUGUAUUAUGGAGAGGUUAAUGUGGAGGAAUUUUCGAAGAGGCUCUGGGGAGAUAUUUAUUUCAAUAGUAAAACACGAAAAUUCACCAAAAAAGCACCGCACAGCUCGGCACAGAGGAGUUUUGUCGAGUUCAUCCUCGAACCGCUCUAUAAGGUGUUCGCACAAGUUGUUGGAGAUGUCGAUACGACCUUACCGGACGUUUUGGAUGAGCUAGGCAUAAAAUUGACCAAGAACGAGAUGAAGCUGAAUAUAAGGCCGUUGCUGAGACUGGUCUGCAAUAAAUUCUUGGGGGAUUUCAAUGGAUUCGUGAAUAUGUGCGUGGAACACGUAAAAUCUCCCCUCGAUAAUGCCAAGAGAAAAGUGAACCACAUCUAUACCGGUCCAACGACCAGUAAAAUUUACGACGAUAUGAUCAAAUGCGAUCAAGAGGGACUCUUGAUGGUCCACAGUUCCAAGAUGUACCCCACCGACGACUGUACGUUUUUCCAAGUAUUGGGAAGGGUUAUGAGCGGCACACUUCACGCUGGUACAGACGUCAGAGUGUUGGGAGAGAAUUAUACGCUGCAGGAUGAAGAGGACUCCAGGAUCUUGUCGGUCGGUCGUCUCUGGAUCUACGAAGCAAGAUAUAAGAUAGAACUGAACAGGGUGCCAGCAGGUAACUGGGUCCUGAUCGAAGGAAUAGAUCAGUCGAUCGUCAAGACCUCCACGAUCACCGACCUCACCAUACACGACGAACUCUACAUCUUCAGACCUCUGAAAUUCAACACGCAGAGCAUAAUAAAGAUUGCGGUGGAGCCGGUCAAUCCCUCGGAGCUGCCCAAGAUGUUGGACGGUUUGAGGAAAGUGAACAAGUCUUAUCCGUUGCUGACCACGAAGGUGGAGGAGUCUGGGGAGCACGUCGUCCUGGGGACCGGAGAGUUGUACCUGGACUGUGUCAUGCACGAUUUGAGAAAGAUGUACUCAGAGAUUGAUAUUAAAGUUGCCGAUCCCGUGGUCGCCUUCUGCGAAACCGUGGUCGAGACCUCGAGUUUGAAAUGUUUCGCCGAGACCCCCAACAAGAAGAACAAGCUCACCAUGAUCGCGGAACCGUUGGAGAAGGGACUUGCCGAAGAUAUCGAGAACGAAAACGUGCAGAUCGGUUGGAACAAGAAGAAACUGGGAGAAUUUUUCCAGACGAAGUACGACUGGGAUCUGCUGGCCGCUAGAAGCAUAUGGGCCUUCGGUCCGGACGUUACAGGUCCGAACAUUCUGGUCGACGACACUCUACCGUCCGAAGUCGACAAGGGGCUCUUGAGUUCCGUCAAGGAUUCGAUAGUGCAAGGAUUCCAAUGGGGCACCAGGGAAGGUCCCCUCUGCGAGGAACCGAUCCGCAACACCAAGUUCAAGAUUCUGGACGCGGUCAUAGCGCAGGAACCACUACACAGGGGCGGCGGUCAGAUCAUACCGACGGCCCGAAGGGUCGUUUAUUCUGCCUUCCUGAUGGCCACCCCCAGGUUGAUGGAGCCGUACCUGUUCGUCGAGGUUCAGGCGCCCGCGGAUUGCGUUUCGGCCGUGUAUACGGUGUUGGCGAAGAGGAGGGGACACGUCACCCAGGACGCCCCGGUUCCCGGAUCACCACUGUACACCAUCAAGGCGUUCAUUCCAGCGAUCGACAGUUUCGGGUUCGAGACCGAUCUCAGGACUCACACGCAAGGACAGGCGUUCUGUUUGUCCGUAUUCCAUCAUUGGCAGAUUGUGCCAGGAGAUCCGUUAGAUAAGUCGAUCGUCAUCAGACCUUUGGAACCUCAACCUGCCACCCAUUUAGCCAGGGAAUUCAUGAUUAAAACCAGAAGAAGAAAAGGAUUGAGUCAAGAUGUAUCAAUUAAUAAAUUUUUCGACGAUCCCAUGUUGUUGGAGCUUGCAAGGCAAGAUGUGAUAUUGAAUUAUCCUCUUUUGUAAAUUUUUUUCGUGAGAAAAUUUGUAAAUUUUUUUUUUGAGAAAAUAAACAAAUAUUAAACAAAA